GGGCUGAAUCAGUAGGAAGCAGCCUAGGCACCGCCACCAUGCUCCGGGCAGUUACCUUGUUCCGCAGGGGCCUGUUUCGUCCUAGCCCUGGGCUCUCGGUGAGGAUGACCAGCAGUGAGAUAACCCCAAAGGGCAUCUUGGCCAAUCAGGUAGCUGUGGUCACCGGUUCCACCGAUGGGAUCGGCUUUGCCAUCGCCCGGCGCCUGGCCCAGGACGGGGCUCACGUGGUGGUCAGCAGCCGGAAGCAGCAGAACGUGGACUGGGCUGUGGCAACACUGCAAGGGGAGGGGCUGAGUGUGACAGGCACCGUGUGCCACGUGGCGAAGGCGGAGGACCGGGAGCGGCUGGUGGCUAAGGCCCUGGAACACGGUGGGGGUAUCGACAUCCUCGUGUGCAAUGCAGGCGUCAACCCUCUGGUGGGGAGCACUUUGGGGGCCAGUGAGCAGGUCUGGGACAAGAUCCUGAGUGUGAAUGUGAAGGCCCCAGCCCUGCUGCUGCGCCAGCUGCUGCCCCACAUGGAAAACAGGAGGGGCGCUGUCAUCCUGGUCUCUUCCACUGCAGCUUAUACGCCACGUGUGGACCUGGGUGCCUACAAUGUAAGCAAGACAGCCCUGCUGGGCCUCACCAGGACCCUGGCACUGGAGUUGGCCCCCAAGGACAUUAGGGUGAACUGCCUGGUUCCAGGAGUGAUCGAGACCAACUUCAGCAAAGUGUUACAUAAGAACGAGACUUUCUGGAACAACUACAAGGAAAAUUAUCAGCUGCAAAGGAUUGGGCGUCCUGAGGACUGCGCAGGACUUGUGUCCUUCCUGUGCUCUCCAGACGCCAGCUACAUCACUGGGGAGAACAUUGCGGUGGCUGGCUUAUCCUCUCGCCUCUGAGUGGGUGGGGAUGAUGGUGCAGUUGUGGCUCUGGACCAAGAGCUAGGAGAUCAUCUGGGUCUGGGGAUAGAGUCCGCAGCUCUGCCAGACUAGCAAUUUGGGGGCUUGCUUAUGCUAGGCUUGAGGAAGAAGAAAAACCCUUUAGUGUCUGUAUCCUCAGGACUCCUCAGGACUCCUCGGCAUGACUAUGGUAGAUUCCGCUAAUCCAACCAGCAUGUAGGGCUCUCGGGUGUGGGGCUCUCGGUGUGGGGCUGUGGUGCUUAAGGAUUUUAUGUGCCUGAUGCUUUGAUGGAGCCUUAAGAGAAAGAAGAAGAGGCUCAGGCACCUGAAAGAUUCCAGCUCUUUCCCCCUGUAAUUUGUGAUUUAAACAUUUCUUUCUUAAAAUAAAC